CUGCCUGAUUUAAUACAAUUUAAUUUUAUUUAUAUGAUAAAAUUUAUUAAAUCAAUUUCUCAUCAAAAUUUUAAAUGUUAAAUUAAAUGUUAAAAAAUUAAUUAAAUCUAUUUGCAAAGGCAGAAAUCCUAAUCUAAUUUGUUAUAAUUUUAAGCUUUUCUAAAGACAAAGUUCAAUUUACUGAAGAUCUUUAAUGUGUGUGAAUGUGUCUGGUCCGCAGGUGUGUUUGGUGAUGAAGUGAAGUCAGUGUCAGUGAUGGAGGGAGAUUCUCUAACUCUACACACUGAUACUAAACUACAGAGAGAUGAUCUGAUAGAGUGGAGAUUUGGACCUCAAGGGAAUCGUAUAGCUAAAAUCAAUAAAACAGUCAGUGAUAUCUCAAUAUAUGAUGAUGUUCUUGAUGGGAGAUUCAGAGACAGACUGCAGGUGAAUAAUCAGACUGGAGAUCUCACCAUCACAAACAUCACAACUCAACACACUGGACUUUAUAAAAUGAGCAUCAGAAGCAACAGAAUAACCCCACACAGAUUCAGUGUUACUGUCUAUGCUCAUCUGCCCGUUCCUGUCAUCACGACACAAAACUCUUCAUCAUCAUCAUCAUCAUCAAAUUGUUCAUUAUUGUGUUCAGUGUUGAAUGUGAGAGAUGUGAGUCUGUCCUGGUACAAAGGAAACAGUUUAUUGUCCAGCAUCAGUGUGUCUGAUCUCAACAUCAUCAUCAGCAUCUCUUUUCAUCUGGAGUGUCUGGAUGAUUCUUACAGCUGUGUGGUGAACAAUCCCAUCAGUAAUCAGACUCAACAUCUCAACAUCACUCAUCUCUGUCAGACAUGUUCAGGACUCACCUCAGGUCAUAAAGUUGUGAUCUGUUGUGUUGCUGUUGGAUGUCUGAUGAUUGUAGCAUCAGUUGUGAUCUUCUGGAUCGACAGGAAACACAGAAACACACAUCGACAGGUUCAGAGCGGUGAAGAGGAAAUCACUUACGCACAAACAACUUUCCACCUAAGACAAACAUGUAAAUCUAAAGCUCGAGUGGAGGAUGAAGUGGUGUAUGCAGGAGUCAUGAUAUGAUGAUCAACUGAACUGAACUGUAAAAUAUUAUAAAAAUCACUGAACAAAAUAUUAAAGUGUUUCUUAUGUUUUAUUUUUAUACUGAAUGCUUGUGACAGUUUAACAGCUUUACUUCUGGGUUAAAGUGAAUGAUGGUGUGGAAAGAAAUGUGGUUUUGUUCUGUUAGUGGACACAAGUUAUGAGUUUGUGUUUGACUAUUAUUGGCUGUUUGUGGUAGAUGUGUAUCUGUGUGUAUAUGUGAGAGGUGUGUGUGUGUG